AUGCAGGAGAUUUGGAGAUCCGGAACCAAUUGGGACGAACCGAUUGCUGAGAACUUGCUCGAUAUGUGGUACCGUUGGUCGGAGCUAUUGGCACUCAUUGGAGAAGUUCAGGUGCCUCGAUGUUACUUCGGAAAUCUUUCGUCUGAAUCCCUACGAGAGCUCCAAGUACAUGUGUUUGUAGAUGCAAGCGAAUCAGCCUAUGCUUGCGUGGCAUACCUCCGACUGCGUUGCGCAGAAGGAACUAGAUGCGCUUUGGUGGCUUCGAAGACAAAGGUGGCACCCCUGAAACCACUCUCGAUUCCACGGUUGGAGUUACAGGCAGCCAUGAUUGGGGCACGACUAAUGCAAACAGUUUGUUCUUCGCUAACACUUCCGAUCAAUAAACGUUUCCUAUGGUCGGACUCGACCACUGUGCUGGCAUGGUUACGCUCGGACAGCCGUCGCUAUCACCAAUUCGUGGGAUUCCGUGUGGGGGAGAUACUCUCCCUGAGCAGCUUGGAUCAAUGGAGGUACGUUCCAUCAGGCUUGAAUGUUGCUGACGAAGCCACUAAGUGGGUCUCCGGCCCCACCUUUGCUCCCGAUAGCCGCUGGUUUAAGGGCCCUGAGUUUCUCACGAAAGAAGGUAUCGAAUGGCCUGUGGAAGUGGAGAAUCCAACCACCACCAGUGAAGAACUUCGUCCCGUAUUUUUGCACCAACACAAUGUUAUGGAGAAGCUGAUAAACGAAUGCCGUUUUUCCAACUGGAACCGUCUGGUCAGAGCUAUGGCCUACGUACAUCGAGCAGUUACUGUACUGAAGAAAAGGAUCCCAGCAGAAGGACGAGGCUCUGUCCUGCAACGUAAUGAAAUCCAGGAAGCCGAAUACACAGUACUACGCCAAGCACAAGCCGAAGCGUACCCGGAUGAGCUAGCAUCGCUGGUAAAGCAAGGAACGAUCGCCAAAUCCAGUACUCUCUACCAACUAACUCCCUUCUUGGACGACCAUGGUAUAAUUCGGAUGGGAAGCAGGAUUGCAGCGGCUCCAGAAGCGUCUUACUCCACCAAGUACCCGGUGAUUCUACCCAAGAAACAUCACGUUACGACGCUGCUUAUCGACAACUUCCAUCGACGCUUCUUGCACGCGAAUCAUGAGACAGUUCACAACGAAAUGAGACAACAGUAUUACAUUUCCGGACUUCGUACCUUGAUUCGAAAAGUUUCGCGGGGAUGCCAGCUAUGUAAGGUCAACCAUGCAGUUCCCAAGCCCCCGAUGAUGGCUCCACUGCCCAGUGUUCGGCUCACACCAUUUGUACGAGCAUUCACAUACGUUGGUGUGGACUAUUUUGGGCCAUUGGAGGUAAAGGUAGGUCGAAGUUUGGUGAAGAGAUGGAUAGCCCUGUUUACCUGUUUAACGGUGAGAGCUGUCCACCUUGAAGUAACGCAUAGCCUGUCGUCAAAAUCCUGUAUCGUGGCCUUUCGGCGAUUCGUGGCACUACGCGGCGUUCCCCUUGAAGUGUAUUCGGAUAACGGCACCAACUUUGUGGGAGCCAAUCGCCAGCUGUCCGAAGAGCAACAGAAGAUUCGGGACAUAAGCCAGGAAUGUGCUUCUACAUUUACCAACGCGUACACCACAUGGCAUUUCAACGUCCCAGCAGCUCCGCAUAUGGGUGGACCAUGGGAGCGUUUAGUGAGAUCGGUGAAAACGGCCAUGAAAACAAUAUCCGAUAGUCCACGUUACCCUAGCGACGAAGUUUUGGAGACAAUAUUGUUGGAGGCGGAAGGUGUAGUGAACUCACGGCCACUAACAUAUUUGCCCCUGGAGCAAGCCGAUGACGAAGCACUGACUCCGAACCAUUUUUUGCUGUACGGAUCAAGCGGAGUGAAACAACCGGAAACGGCACUGGUAGGCGAUGGUGGUGUACUUCGUGAUAGCUGGAAACUAACACAACACAUUGUGGAUGGAUUCUGGCGAAGGUGGGUACGCGAGUACCUUCCUAUGCUGACAAGGCGUACAAAAUGGUUUGAGAAGGUGAAACCGUUGGAACCUGGCGACUUAGUCAUAGUAAUCGACGAAAACGUACGAAAUAGCUGGACGAGGGGACGAAUUCUUGAAACUACCAAGGGAGCUGACAACCAGGUCAGACGGGCCACUGUUCAAACAGCGAGAGGAAUCAUUUCAAGGCCAGCCGUGAAGUUGGCACUCUUGGACGUGAGAAAGGAUCAAAUCUCCGCUGAAGAGGAUGGACGUUCCGGGACUGGGGAAGCUCACGGGUGGGGGGAUGUUGCCGUGCCCACUGUGCGUACGCAGACGUGA